GUCUCCUCCACUCCAAGAGCUGAUCCCAUCAAACAGUAGAUCACAUUUGGGUUGAGAUGUCUGCUGUUGUGUUGAGUCCGGAGAAGAGGGUUUACGUAUCGAUCAAACCAUACAAUCAAUUGAAAAGUCCGAAAAUAUGUCUUUCGUUGGACUCAAGCGAUGAGACAAUUGAUGGUAAAGAGGGUCACAAUGUCUGCCAAUCGUGUCCAGUAUUGAAACGAAUGGUUGUCCACAAAGACACUGCCAUUAGACGACUGUCCGAAGACAGGGAACAAUUGAAACUGAAAUUAACGCAAAUUAAUAAUGAAAACAUUGAAUUAAAGCAAACGCUUAAACGAUUGCAAUCGCAAGACAGCGGUUCCGCUGCCAUCGAAAGCAAUGAGAAGUACGUGACUCUGAAGGCCAGUAACGAUGAAUUGGUGGCAAUCAAUAACAGCGGUUCCGCUGCCAUCGAAAGCAAUGAGAAGUACGUGACUCUGAAGGCCAGUAACGAUGAAUUGGUGGCAAUCAAUAGGCAUUUGAGACAACAUUUAGAUACAUUGCGAGUUGUGUUCAAUGAGUUGUAUAAUUCCGGUGAUGAUAAUGGCAACGAGACUACGAUUACCACAACAAACACUUCCAGCAACUCUACCGUCCAAUCGACGGGCCCUUCAGUGCCCACCAAAACCGAUACUAAAACUCAAAGCACUUCAACUGAUUUUAUCAUAAGUGGCGACAAAUCUAAUGACAACUCAAGAGUGGAUCAAAGUGGUGACGCGUUGUCUUCGAAGUCCAGUUUUGAUCAGUGGUAUAACAAAUGA